CACGCAGUGCUCAACAAGUAGUAGGAGCAACAGUUGACAACAGACCAGACCAGACCAGACCAGACCAGUCGUCCUCCUGGUUCCAGUUUCCCAGUUCCCAUUGCCCAAGCAAGUGAAACGGAUUAAAACGAUAAUUUAAAAAAGGAACGAACGAACGAACGACAUCAAAACCCGCGCACUAAUCCCGAGAACAACAGCCAAGGCACACAAGCAGACAGACAUUGCAAACAGCGGCGCCAACAUGAAGCCCGACCUGCUUUCUCUCUGCGUUCUGGCAACCCUGAUCUUGGGCUGUAACACACGGCACGUCUUUGGCUUUCUGACUUCGCAGAGCCAAGCUUCCGCUGCCGCAGCCCCCGCCACAGUCGAAGGCGGCGUCGAUGGUGCAUCCUCGCCACAGAGACUGCAUCUGCCGCCCAUCUUCGGUGCUGGCAUGCCAUCCCAUCAGGCGCGUCGUCAGGGCCCCCCAACGCUGGAUGCCGAUGCACAGGAACGAGCUGUUUACGAUCCCGGCGAUGAGCUGCUGCACGCCCUGAAUGCCGAACGGCAGCAGGAGCUGGCACUUGGUCUGGGCAUGCUGCCCCAGUCUCAGUCUCAGUCCCCGUCUCAGUCUCAGUCCCCGUCUCAGUCCCAGUCCCAGUCCCAGCCCGACUAUGCGGAGACCGUUUACAAUGAACUGGAGUUGGCCAAUCAGUUUGAGACGCUCAAGAAGCUGGAGGAGGAUUUACGCGCCGAACAGGAGCUGGUGGACAAAUCCGCUUUGCUCAUGAAAAUGCUGGAGGAUCCCACGCUGGAGACUUUGCCGCUGGUUUAUGUCGAGGAGGAGGAUGAGCAGCAGCAGCAGCAGCAUCUGCCCGAGGGCAUGAUUGCUUCCGCUCCAGCCCAGGAUGACUAUGCCGAAAUGGAGAACACCGUGCAGGACCUCGUGCUGGGUCAGAGCAAGCCGAAGCGCUCGCGUUACUAUCGCCGCUAUCCGUGGAAGCGUCACAACAAGAAUCGCGGUUCUUACAUGAAUUCUAUCAACAGCAACUAUGAACCGGAGCUGCGUUAUGCCUGCACGCCCAGCAAGGAGGAUAUCCUCAAGUUGCUCAUCAAUUUGCAUGAGAACCGCAAGGGAAACCACAGCAAGACGGUGAACUUUUGCAAUCGCAAGCGUCCGGCCAAGGCGGUCUUUACCAACAUACGAUUUCUGGGCUAAGAAGAGAGGUUACAUCCGACACAUCCCAGGGGAUACACACAGGACACACACAGGACACGACACAACAGACUCUCACAUAUGUAUACCAAGCAUCAAUUGUACAUUGCUGACAAAGUCGAGCGCAUAAAAACAAACUGGAGAACAACAAGCACUAACAAUUAGCCUAACUAACUAACUAAACAAACUAAAGCUUCACUUUGUAGAGAACAAUUUAGAGCGGAGUUAGCGCUUCGCUCUGUCUCUCCCUUAACUCUAAUUGUAGAACAAUUCCAAACUUUUAUAGCUCUCAAUGUGUUGUAUAUACUAACUAAAGUAAACUAACUAACUAACUAAACUAUUUAGACAAAGUUCCAAGUGUUAAUUGCCAAAACGUAACAAAAAAUAUGUUGCCAUAUCAUUAAAAAAGAAAACAAACCAAAAACAAAAGGAAACAUUUUGAUCGUUCCGUGAGCCAUGAGUAUUAUAAUCUGA